AUGGCAACUAACUCAAGCAAUUCUAAUCAUAAAUCUAUUCAUCAUUCAAACAGAAGAGUAUCAUAUUCACUCCCAUUAUCUGCUUCUUCUUCAUCAAAUCAAUCUCAACUUCCUAUCUUACAAAUCCCUUCACCUGGUCAAGCUCGUCAUCCAUCACGACAUUUUGAUCCACGACCACUUAUCAUUCCAGUCGGAUCAAAUCAUUCGAAUCAUCUAAAUCAAUCUCAAUCAAUCUCAGAUCACUUACCACGUCAUUCUUUAGGUAUCAAUGCAUUUGCAAUUGAUUUCUCAACUCAGAUUCAAGAUCAAGAUGGACCUCAAGGUAUUCUAUAUACUGGUUCAAAAGAUGGAUUAGUUGCUGCUUGGGAACUCUCGAUUCCUACUAAACUUCGAUCAUCACCUCCCUAUCCUCCAAUUCUCAAAUCAAACUCCUCUACAAAUCAUUCUACAUCAUCUGAAGCUCAAGAUUUAGAUUCUUAUCGAUUCGAUCAAUCUCCUUCAAAUCAGUCCGUACCCAAGACUUCUCAAGAUCCUAUCUCAUCUUCUAAUCAAGAUAUCAUCUACGAGAAUCGAUAUGAAAUUGAUCAGCAAAAGCUUUCACAGGCUCCACUUCCUCCAACCACCCUUCGGCAAUGUGUACAAAGUCACACCGAUUGGUGCAAUGAUAUUGUUCUCUGCAAUCAUAAUCAAACUCUGAUCUCUGCCUCCUCAGAUCGUACCCUAAAAGCAUGGUCUCCACAUUCUCCGCAUCUCGCUCUAUCUCCUAUCACCAUAGGGUCACAUAGUGAUUAUGUCAAAUGUUUGGCUCACAGUCGUCAAGGAAAGUGGGUUGCAAGUGGUGGCUUGGAUUGCAAGAUCAAAGUCUGGGAUAUUCAUGAGGGCCGGCUUCAUCCUGUUGUCAAUUUCCCUGAAGAAAAUAUCAAUUCCUCUAUAUACUCCCUCGCUACUAUUCCAAAUGGUACAAUCCUGGCAGCUGGAUCACCCUCGCGGGUAGUACGACUCUAUGAUCCGCGCUCGUCUGUUCGAUUGGCAAAGCUUGUUGGUCACACUGAUAAUGUUCGAGCUCUCUUGCUAUCCGACGACGGUACUCGCCUUCUUUCAGCAUCCAGUGAUGCCACAGUAAAACUAUGGGAUGUAGGAAUGCAACGUUGCUUGCACACUUUUUCACAUCAUUCUUCUUCAGUCUGGGCUCUUGCUAGUCAACAUCCGAGGUUAGAAGUUUUUCACUCAGGUGACCGGACUGGUUGGGUAUGUAAGGUUGAUCUUGAAGGUUGUGGUGAUCCUAGUGAAGGGGAGUGUGUGACGAUAUGCAAGGUGGAUAGUGAUGAUGACAAGUCCAACAUGUUCUCAUCUAUGGGUAAUCAAAACGUGGUACGAAUUGUGGGUAUGGAUGAUACCUUUAUCUGGACAGCCACUGGAAGCUCGAACGUGAAACGCUGGAAGGAUAUUCCAACGCGAAUGCAACGUCGUCAAACCCAUGGAAAACCCGCCCAACUCCUUCAUAUUCCUUUUGACACAUCUAACGACUCUCUUUAUUCUUCCCCACCGUCAUCAUCGCACCCCACUCUGAUUGCAUCCCACGAGGCAGAAGAGUCCCAAGCUUUAUUGGAAAGUGAUCGAACUCCUCAAGGCGCAGUUUUCCAAACCUCUACAUCUGUCAACCCUCAAGUACACUUUCCGGGCGUCGUUUCCUUUGCAGAUCGGCCCAUUUUUCAUCCCUACCACCCUUCCAAUAUAUCACCCUUGGGUCUUGUUCCCCAUUCCAGUUCUUCAGUCUCACCUUCAUCUCGCGCACCUUCCAGGCCAUCGGUCCGUGUUACUGACUAUUUUCAGCAUCAAUCCACAGCCAACACUGUCGAAGAGACCACAUUAGAUUCUAUCCCACUCGAUGCGCUGGUACCACUAAUCUCACCGAAUGACCCAAUCGGUCCAGCAUUGAAUCAUACCAUAGCGGAAGAGCAAGGUCCACAUAUCAGACCCGGCUUAAAUCAUUCGGUUUCUUCAUCGCUCAAUCUUUCUAGACGUACCACUCUCACCAACUGUGGCCCAUCCACCCUCCCGGUCUCCACUUUGAGCCUAGACAGGGCCAACGACUCAGAUGUAAACGUACCACUAACUUUUGUCGAAACCGCUGUUACAUCUCGUUUGAACGGGCCUCCUGAUCCGAUUGCCUUCGACUCACAAGCCUGGCGACUGUAUCGUAUGCGAGAUUCGGCCGCUGACGCAAUCCCACUUCGCGACAAUCCGGACGCAAUCAUUCACGGUCGAUCGGGCUUGAUCAAGUGUGCACUUCUCAACGAUCGCCGGCACGUGAUCACUAUUGACACUGUGGGGCAAUUGGCCCUUUGGGAUAUCAUAUAUUGUGUCUGUAAAGGAAUCUUCACCACCGAAGGAUUGAGUGCUUCAGGGCCCAAGUCAAACACCACUGAAAAUUCAAGCGUAAUUUCGUCCGAUUCAUCUGAUAUCUUGUCGACUUCAAGUGGUAGCCAAUCUGCUUACACGCCCGCAAAUCAAAAGCCAGCUACUGUUUUGGCGACAGAUCUGCUACAAUUAGUCAAAGACCGAAUCGAAGGUGAAGCUUCGAUCGCUAAUUGGUGCUCAGUGGAAAUCCAAACCGGACUAUUAACGGUCCAUUUGGAAGAAUCUCGAUGUUUUGAUGCUGAAGUUUACGCUGAUGAGGCGGAUAUCGCACCGGAGUUGUUGUCAGAAAUGAAGGAUGACCAUCGAAUCUGUUUAGGAAAAUGGAUCUUGAAGAAUCUUUUCAAUGGUUUCGUCAACUAUCACAUCAAACUUCGACACCCAACCACCAAUACAGGCUCCAAGAGUUCUAGCACGACAUCAGUUGUCUUACCCCCUUCAGCUCGUCUGCCGGACUCAUCUUGUUAUUUCGCUGGUGGUAAUUCCUCUUCCCAUGGACUCAAUGACCACAGGCGUGGUAGUGUGCCUAGAACACCGGGAAUGACUAUAAGUCCUGCCACAGCUGCCAUUAACCCCGCGCUACCACCUGAUCUCAAAUCGCCCGAAUGUUCGACCACGAUGAAGAAUCGAUUAGGUGAUCCGGGCACUGGCAUGUCCCCUCGCCAACCUUUGAAUGAUUCAUCUGAAACACAUCCAGCACUUCCAAUGUUGGUCGAAGCUCCUGAAGAUGAAGAUCAACCUCCAACUUCAAAUAAUUUACCUCAUACAGACAAAAGACCUCCAGCUACAUAUAGCAAGUCAAAUGACAAUAGCUCCCAAGGUUCACUUUUUCCUACAUCAGCUCAAAAUCUUGAUACUCGAUCACCGCGUGAAGAACUUGCGACCGAGGCAUUGACCACAAGCCUCUUGAAUGGACCCAGUAGCCCAAGCCUCAGUACAAACACCAAUAUCAUUGGGCCCACGGCCACAGCGAGUAUCUUUGUGCGAUUACGAGGCUUAAGCCGAGGUCAAAGACGAAGGCCAAGUCAGGAUAUCAACGCAUCUUCGGCAUCUUCUAUCAUUAGCGGAACCUCAAAUAUUAACCAGAAUAAGGAUAGUAAUAAUGGAGCUGUUGAAAGGACACCACUAAGCAGGACGAAUUCGGAUGCAAGAGAACAUAGUAUAUCAUUGGAAAGAACCAAGAUGCAAAACCAAUUGAUUCAGAGUAUCUUUUCUAAGCCAUUUCAACCGAUUGGAGAGAUAGACGCACCUAAGAUUAAAUUAACAUCAGAUAUCAUGAUUUUGAUUUCAGAAGCUGGAAAUGAGUCAGGAGCAUGGGAGGUAAGGUAUAGAGGAUUGGUCAAGGAAGAUGAAGAUGAAGAUGAAGCAGAAGCAGAUUGGAUGGCAUUAGAAAUGGUUGGACCUGGUUGGUUAUUAGAGUAUCUUUUAGGGAAUCGAACGAUCAUCAAGGAGAAAGAAAGUAAUUCUUUGAAAGUGACCUUUGUUUUGAUGCCUAUCGAAGGUGGAGGAUUGAAUGAAUUACCAAAUGGAAAUGCGAGAUUGACAGCAGCAAGGGUUUUGAGAAUGAGAAAAGUGAUAGGAUAUAUUUCACAAAAACUUGAACUUGAACCAUUAGAUGAAACUCCUCAAUCAACACAACCAACACAACCACAACCACAACCACAACCACAAACAGCAGUUCAAACUAGAAAGAUGGAAGAUGAAAUCGAAUUGUUCUGUAAUGGAACAUCAAUCCCAUGGAGAAUGAGUUUAGGAGCUGUAAAACAAUGGGUUUGGACAAAAGGUGGUGAUGUGGUGAUUAAUUAUCAAUUGAAGAAAUCAUGA